AUGCUACUCUACGCCUGUCUCGCCGCAUCCGCCAAACAACUAUCCCGCGCGCCCCAAUCUACCACAUCCCUCACCCUUGACACAUCCCCUGUCCUCUACUACCAACAAGCUCUGCGAGAAAUGAGCCACUUUCUCAUCGAACCUAGCUACUCUGGCAGCGAUGAGCUCUUAGCAUCAAGCAUAAUUCUAUCCACAUACGAAAUCCUCGACGUCUCCGGCCCCAGCUUCGGCUCUCAUCUUAAAGGCGUCGCAAGCCUGAUCCGCUCCCACCGCAUCACAGGCGACGAGACAGGGAUCCGCGGCGCAACAUACUGGACAUGGUACCGCCACGAAGUAUGGGUAGCGUUCCAGACGGGACGACGCAUGUUUCUCGACGAGGAGUACUGGCGACCGAAAGAUGUUGAGGAUGGGCUUGGGUUUGAGGGGAUCUCGAUGCGCGAUGUAGCGAAUCGUGUCCUGUUUGUGUUUGGGCAGUGCGUUUCAUGGUAUGGGGGUUUGUGUGCCGGGGGGAGUGGAUCUGGAAGGGAUUUAGAUACUUCUUCGUCUACGGGUGUUACUGGUAUUGAUAUGCAGCAGGAGGAGGUUGAAAGGCAAUGUGACCUAGCGAACGAGCUACGAGGUGCAUUGGAGGAAUGGAAACGAAAACUCCCCGUCUCUAUGAGGAUUAAUUUCCGACAGACUCAACCCCAAAGCGAGAGAGAGGACGACUCUACAGUAUCAGUAGUACAAGAAAUCCAUCAAUUCCCAGCAAUCUGGUACGCCUACCCAGAAAGCGCAAUCUCACACCAACUCUACCACGCCUCCAAGAUCCUCCUAGGACUAUAUACCCCUUCUUCAUCAUCCAGCAGCGCAAACAGCAACCCCCUCCACACCCGCCGAGAAUUAGAAAAAUCGCGCCGCGAGAUCUUCAUGAUCGCCAACUCUCGAAUCGACCAGACCUGGGGCCUCAUAUCCACACAAUGCCUAUACGUCGCGGGCCUGGUAACUGAGGGGAUCCUAGAGCGAGAACGCACGCUGGAACUGAUUGAGAUGUGUCAGAGGGUUACGGGGCGGCAGACAGUUUGUAUUGCGGACCAGUUGAGGGGGUUUUGGAAGGAGGAAGAGGAAUAG